AUGACGGCCAAAUCGCCUACGGCCAGUGUGAGGUCGCGGGAAAUCAUUGGAGUGGAGCAGUUCAGUCAACGGCGCGAAGUGUUCGACAAGCACGACACAGUGUUUUUACCUUUGCCGUCGCCAACGUCUCCUACGCCCGUGUAUAAAGAAGUGGACCCGAUUGUGACGUCAAAUCACGGGAAAACAACGACCAAUUUCAAACGUAACACAUCUGGCUACUCCAGCAUGCGUGAAACGAGGAGCGAAGAAAGAAACCAAUUCGAAUUUCGACCGCGAAAGUAUUCCGAUAACUUUACUUCCGAACUCAACCAGAGCGACGAUGUAGAUUACAGGUACAGCAUGACCGAACGGACUAGACGCCUAUCGAAACUGCGGCGGGAUUUUUUGAACUCCAAUUUACAUGAGCCCAAUGGCAGCCCUCAGUUUACUCGCACAGGUGUGCGUGCAUCGAUGCCGACCAAAAGUACUUCAGUGACGAGAUAUAAAAUAGAGAGUCCGAAUUUAUUCAAAUUUCCCUUUGCGGAGCCAUAUUCCACACCGACGCCUGCACGAAGAGUGUUUGUCGACUUGGGAUCACCUGAAAUUGACGGUAAAGAAAACCAAGAUCCUGCUAGUAAGCAAAGACAUCAGAGCCUACCUAAUAACGAAGUAUCGUCUAAAAUUGACCACCAAAAACUUUAUGAAGAGUUAAUCAAGCGCUAUUCGCCGCAACGUAAACCAGUUGAUUGGUCCAUACCCCCAACUAGACCCAAAGUUGUGGCUUCAGUCCCUAAAUCAAUUUCUAGCACUACCGAAAGUGUUGAUAGUGUUGACAAAAAAAAUAAUAGUUCCGAAAAUGAUGAUGUAUUUGAAAAUAAAGAAAAUCAGCAUCAUUCAUCAUUUUCUUCAGGUGAGAUAAAAGAAAAUCCGGACCUAAUACAGAAUAGUAAAAUAGAAAUCGUUCAAAACGGCCCAGAGAUAAUAAGUGAAGAUAACCCUAAGGAAGGUAACGGUAUUUGUAACGAUUUAAACAUUAAGGACCAGCCGCAAAAUGAAAAUGAAUCAAAAACUUCAUUAACAGAACUAGAGGAGAAAAAUGAUAGAGUGCCUGAAUUGUCAACAAUACAGCGCCAAUUGAGCAGAGAAACUAAAAGACAUCCACAUGAAGCAGUGACUGAUUUAACGAUACCAGCUUUAAUUGAGAAGAUGACGGCUGAAGGCGACACUAAAGAAAAUAAUCAAAGCAAGGGAAAGAAAGUUAAAAGAAAGAGAAGUUUCCUGGAUAAACUUCUAGGUCGCAAUAAGGAGAAAUGA